UUUUGGUGCACACUCCAAAAACAAGAGCAAACUCUUUGUAACAUCCAACCAUGCCAUCUUACUUCACCUUGCCAAUUCUCGUCGUCCUCUUGAGCAGCAUGGCUCCUGUUUCAACGAGCUACCAGUGUGAGCUACCCAAGGAAUUCAGCAUCUACUCCGUUAUUUCGAAGGAAGACGCGUCCAUCGGUGCGCACAGUAUGUACAAGGGCGUGGCUGUCGGAGGGACUCUUUCCGAUGGAACUCCUGACAGUAGCGCCACAUUUGAUCGCACUACGUCCCGAGUCAAAGCACUUGCCAACCCCAACAGAUUUAAUUUCAAUGGAGGCAUCGAGACGGGGGUUUCCCUUGAAACCUCUGUCGACUUUGGCCACUUUGAAUGGCUGGCUGGUGCAGCCAAGAGUGGUGAUUUUGAGGGCGGCAAAAAAGUUGUUGUCCUGACAAAAGGGGGAACUUACAAUCUCUACGAUUUUCGAAAUGGGGGUCAAGGUGAAGACAAUGGAAACACGAUCGUCAUUUUCAAUACCAGCGACGACGUUAUCUUGACUAAAACUCACGAUGGACGUCAGUUCGGACCUUCUGUCAUUGCCCCAUUCUCCAAGGUCAUUGUUUUGGGAAAUGCUGGUUUUGUGGAUGGAACUAUUGUGGGCAAGCAAGUUGUUACCAGUGGUGGCAAUCAGGGACAGCUCCAAUUGCAUGGAGACAACUAUAACGGCCCUUUUGUAUGCGGGGUCAACCCUGGUAGUGGUGGAGAUCCUCAUUUCAAGACUUGGUUGGGUCGACGUUAUGAUUUCCACCACCAGUGUGAUCUACUGCUUGUCAAAAGCGAGUCGUUUAUGGAAGGAAAGGGUCUAGAAGUUCAAAUCCGGACGACUUCCAAGAGCUCCUUUUCCUACAUUAGUGGUGUUGCUGUUCGCAUUGGUCGCGAUGUCUUGGAAAUUAGCCAAACAGAGCAUUUCUACAACGGCAGCCAGGACUAUGACCUCACCAAAGCUCGCAUAGGCGGAUACUCGGUCGAGAUUACAUAUUCCCUCAAAUCCUCCACUUCCUUUGUGCGGAAUUACGUUAUUGAGAUCUCGCCUUCCUUCAUAAUUGUCGUAAUCGUCCGCAAGAACUUGAUGGAAGUCCGCUUCCACGGCGCGGAUGAAAACUUAAUCGGAGAUAGCGUCGGCAUGUUGGGAGAAUACCGCAAUGGCACGCUCCUCUCGAGAUCCGGCAUCGAAAUCGAGGAUCUCUCCGAGUUUGGAAACGAAUGGCAGGUUAACUACGCCGAUUCGGCACUCUUCAGUUCCACACAGAGCCCCCAGUUCCCCCAGAAGUGUACCCCACCGGCGCCAGUCGACCAAGCACGUUACCUCCGUCACGGCAUCAGCCUCGCCCAAGCGGAAAAGGCCUGCGAAGGGUGGGGAGAAGAAAUGGACGAUUGUGUGUUUGACGUCAUGGCUACCGGUGACAUUGACGUUGCUUUCGCCUUUUGA